GGUGUGGUAAAGCACUGGGUGCCACAGGAGUGGCAGUGAGUCUCCUGUCUCUGUUUGUACCUCGCCCAGCAGCCCUCCAGGUGCAUGUGAGUGCUUUCACAGGAUUUCGGGUCCUAGUGUUCGGAAGAGGAAGGGGCUCUGUAGAGUGCACCUGGUCAGGGUCCCGUGCGCAUUUCUCGGUGAUGUAAAACAUCGUCCAUGUGCCCUGUGACCUUCCUGGCCUCUACCUGGGGAGGGUGUGAGCGCUGGGAAGGACACCUGCCUGGGUGUGACUGUGUGAGCCAGGUGUUUGUAGAUCUCAUUCCUGAUUCAGUCUCACCUCUGAGCAGAGAUUACCUCACAGGAAGGCGUCCCCCAAUAAGCCAUGCUCUCUGUCCAGACAUCUGUGAGCCUGGGGCUGGCUGUCACAGAUGACCAAGAGAAGCCUGUGUGGCCACUUUGGCUGGCCCAGUACCUAACUGGCCAUUUGCAGCCUCUGCCCUGUGCUCUUAGGAGAGGUUGAAGCUGUCAAGGUGUCUUUGGGGUCCCUGUGUACCCUCGAGAUUGGCUUAUGAGACACAGCCCCAGGGUCUCUGCCUCCUUCAGGGCCCUGGUCACCCCCACUGCAACCCCCACCACCCAGGUCUUCACAGAGAAGGGGUUCUCUGUCCCCUGUGAUGGAAUCAACUAUCUUCUCAAUUGGGCACCAGGGGGUGACCUGUGGGGGCCGGAAGUAUGUGAGUGGCUCCCACAAAGGAAGCAUUGUGGUAUUGGUUCGUCUGGUCCUGGGAUGUGGCCAUUUGAACAAAUAUGCCAGUGAGUAUCAGCUGCAGGAAGGCGCCAGGGUUUCGCUCUGAUCCUGUUUGACUCCUCAGAGGGAGUUUGACCUCCAAUGAGGACCUAGUCAAGGAGGAAACUUGCCUGGAAACGGCAGGUCAGUAAGUAGGCAAAUCAGCACGCGUGGAUUCCGGGGCUCCUGUCACUGUCUUAGCUCCGCCUGGAAACCCCACUUGUUCGGUGUCGAGGGCAUCUGGGUCUGCAAAGGAGAGAAGGCAGAACGGUUUACAAGCAGGGCACAAGGGUUUCCUUUGGCUGCUGUAAACAAGUUACACAAGCUCACUGCUCAAAACAGCUCGAAUUUAUUCUGUUACAGUCGGAGAAGCCAGAAGUCCAGGAUAAUGUCUUUGCCUUAAGGUCAGCAGAUUAGCAGCCUUACUCCCAAAUGCUACCCCAGUCCCCUUGCAACUUAACAUAACACGUCCACAGGUCCCGGGGAUUGGAAUGUGGACAGGUUGGGGGCCAUUAUUUGGCCCACCGUGGAGGGGAAAGUCACAUGGGUUGAAUGGUCACUGUUCUGUCACCUGGAUUCCAUCAUCAGUGACAUCAGAACACGGGUUCUGGAAUUAUGUUCCAUCUAAUGCUUUACAGGGGCUGUUCUCACUUGAGUCCAGCGGUGGAUGUGACAGACCCUCAGAUUGCUAGGUCCCACCCUGAUGAGCCCGAUACUGCCUGGGGCUGGGGUGGCCCUAAGAUCUGCAUUUUCAGCAGGUUCCCAUGAUGCUGCUGCUGCUGGUUCCAGGACCCACUCUGUGACCCCCAGUCGACCGUGUGUGGUUUCCCCAGGCCACACCCUGUGUUGGGACACCCCCAGGGCCAAGACUCCUUUCUCUUGAGGUGACUGGGAUGGUCAGUGAGCGAGGGGGACAACGCACGGUCUGGGUGUUGGCUUCAGAGCCAGGCUAGCCGUGGAUUGGAUCUCAGCCAGGUGACCUUGGCCAAGUUCCUCACCCUUCCCGGGCUACGCAGUGGGGCAGCGGGGAGGACUACAGGAGGGGAUCCCUUGAAGAGCACUCAGGGAGUUCAAGUAAGCCAUCCUUAGGCGAGCGGGGAGGAACGCCUCCAAACGUACUGCAUUUCAAGGCUGCGGCCCGUGUGCUGUGGCCAUGAGUGGGGCCUUCCCAGGCUUAGCCCCAGGGCACACUGGCAGGCACUGGGUGGGGAAGUUCUGCAGGAGCAGAGGAACGCUGACCGUUCCCUCACCAGGACUGUGUGAAAAUGCAAGGGUUAACUGAUCCUUACGCUUGCAUUGUGGGAGUUCUCUGGCCCACACGCAUUUCCCUGACUUGGGUCUUUCCUGGAAUUGAUUCGGGUGACGUUGGUCCUGGGUCCUUGCUGCUGGGCGAGGACACCCCACCCUGUGGUGUCAGUUCACGGAGAAGCAGAGUCCACAACGAUGGUGUUGUCACCAGCCAGCUCAGAAGCCCAGAUGGUGCAGUCCCUGGGCUUUGCCAUUUACCGCGCGCUGGACUGGGGCCUGGACGACAGCCAGGAACGAGAGCUGAGCCCACAGCUGGAGCGGCUCAUCGACCUCAUGGCCAACAACGACUGUGAGGAUGGCGUCUGCGGGGCUGCGGAUGAAGGCUACGGGGGCCCGGAAGAGGAAGAGGAGGCGGAGGGCGGCCCCCGCGCCGUGCGCACCUUCGCCCAGGCCAUGCGGCUCUGUGCGGGGCGCCUGACGGACCCGCGGGGCGCCCAGGCGCACUACCAGGCCGUGUGCCGCGCCCUCUUCGUGGAGACGCUGGAGCUGCGGGCCUUCCUGGCCAGGGUCCGGGAGGCCAAGGAGAUGCUGCAGAAGCUUCGGGACGAUGAACUGCAGGUAGAGAAGCCUCUGGCGGAGCUUGACAACCUGGGACACACAGACUGGGCCCGGCUGUGGGUCCAGCUCAUGCGGGAGCUCCGCCACGGAGUGAAGCUGAAGAAGGUGCAGGAGCGAGAGUUCAACCCCUUGCCCACCGAGUUCCAGCUCACCCCCUUCGAGAUGUUGAUGCAGGACAUCCGCGCCAGGAACUAUAAGCUGCGCAAGGUCAUGGUCGAUGGAGAUAUCCCUCCCAGGGUGAAGAAGGAUGCCCAUGAACUCAUCCUGGACUUCAUCCGCUCCCGGCCUCCGCUGAAACAGGUCUCAGAGAGAAGGCUUCGCCCCUUACCCCAAAAGCAGAGGACCCUGCAUGAGAAGAUCCUGGAGGAGAUCAAGCAGGAGCGGAGGCUGCGCCCGGUGGGGGCCGAGCACUGGCGUGGCCGGGGGUUUGGCUCUCUGCCCUGCAUCCUCAAUGCCUGUUCUGGGGACACCAAGUCCCCUUCCUGCAUCAACCUGUCUGUCAUGGACGCCGGGAACAACACCCAACGCCCACGGCCCCGGGUCCUGCUCAAGGCGCCCACCUUGGCUGAGAUGGAGGAGAUGAACACAUCUGAGGAGGAAGAGUCUCCGUGUGGGGAGGUGACACUGAAGCGGGACCGCUCUUUCUCGGAGCAUGACCUGGUCCAGCUCCGGAGCGAAGUGGCCUCUGGCCUGCAGCCAGGCACUCAGCCCCAAGGAGGGUUGGAAUCAUCCCGGCCCCGCACGGGCAGCAUGCACGCCUGGAGGCCAAGCACCCAGGAGCAGGGUUCCUUCCCUGUAAGUGUCCAGGUCCAGCCUGACCCUAGCUCUCUACCACACAGUGACCUGGGCUCAGCAGAGGACCAGCCGGAGGCUUCUGCAGCCCCAGACACCAAUCAUCUGUGGCUGGAGUUCAGCCACCCCGUGGAGAGCCUUGCUCUGACCGUGGAGGAAGUGAUGGACGUGCGCCGUGUGCUGGUGAAGGCUGAGAUGGAGAAGUUCCUGCAGAACAAGGAGCUCGUCAGCAGUCUCAGGAAGGGGAAGAUUUGUUGCUGUUGCCGAGCCAAGUUCCCGCUGUUCUCCUGGCCACCCACCUGUCUCUUCUGCAAGAGGGCUGUCUGCACUUCCUGCAGCAUAAAGAUGAAGAUGCCUUCUAAGAAGUUUGCACACAUUCCUGUCUACACGCUGGGCUUUGAGAGUCCUCGGAGGGUGUCGGCUACCAAAACGACGCCGACCCAGAGAAGAGAUGCCUUCCAAUCCCUGCAGGGGCCCCAGUGGCCGAGUGUGGAGGAGGCAUUCCCGCACAUCUACACCCACGGCUCUGUCCUCAAGGACGUCUGCAGUGACUGCACCAGCUUCGUGGCAGACGUAGUGCGCUCCAGCCGCAAGAGUGUGGAUGCCCUCAACACCACGCCUCGCCGCACCCGCCAGACCCAGUCCCUGUACAUCCCUAACACCUGGACUCUCAACUUCAAGUGAUGGCUCUCAGCCUUCCUGCGACAUCUAGCCAGAGGCUUUUCAAGGUGGCCAGACCUCUGAGGAGGAGCCAGGCUCGUCCUGGACCUGGCUGAGAAACUCCCUAUCGUGAGGCACAGCUGCUGGCCUGCCCUCCUAAGUGUGCAUGUACAUAUAUACAUAUAUAGAUACAUUUAUACGAUAUAUACACACAGCCUAUAUAUUUAUAUACAUCUGUCCUGGCCCUAGAGUGUAUUUGGGGUCAGGCUCGCUGCAGGACCCUCCCUGGGGGAGGCUGUUUCCUGUUGGGAGACCUUGGGUGGGAUGGGAGUGGGUUUUCUCACUCGGGAAGGGCAUGUGGGAGAUACAACAGUGGAUUCCAGAUGAUGGGGCUCUGGAGAGACCCCCACCCCCGUUUUUGUUCUUUCCUCCAUCCCAAGGAUGAGAACACGGCAGCUUCCCCUCCCUGGGUAGAUGUCCAGGUUGGGACAGGACACCGUGGUUCCCGGGUAGACGGGAGCAUCCUGCUGGCCUCUGCACUCUGAGCAGGAACCCGGGCAGCAGAGGCCACUGGGGAAGACCGUGAGUGGGCUGAUCUUCUCCUGGUGGGUGUCACGCCCUUCCACUUGGAAGGCCCAAGGCCAAGCUCACUCCUUGCUCCCUGCCCAGCAUCCACGCCCCAGCCGGUAUGCCACAUGGCUGGUGUUGCCAUCCUCACAGACUCAGAGGUCCAGAGAUGGUGCUGGUUCCAGGGCCCUGGCGAUGCUGGGGGUCCCGGUACAGGGAGGAACUCUGUAAAUUUGUACACGAGGCCACUCUUCCCUAAUAAAGGUGGUCUCACCGUC